UCUCCUUCUCUUCCGGUGCUCCACACGCAGCAGUGUUUACAGCUGAGUCCACAGAGUGCUAGUGUUGUUAAGUUCAAAAACUAACAGGGUUUUGUUUUUUAAGUACGUGCUAACAUGCUUCUUUUCUGUCCAACCUGCGGGAACGUGUUAAUCGUCGAGGAAGGGCAGAAGUGCAUGAGAUUCGCGUGUAACACCUGUCCCUACGUACAUAACAUCACACGAAAGGUAAAUAACAGGAAGUAUCCGAAGUUAAAGGAGGUGGAUGAUGUUCUGGGUGGAGCUGCUGCGUGGGAAAACGUGGACUCAACACCUGAAACGUGCCCGAAGUGCGAGCAUCCUCGAGCAUACUUCAUGCAGAUUCAGACCAGAUCAGCAGACGAACCGAUGACCACGUUCUACAAAUGCUGCAACGCUCAGUGCGGACACCGAUGGAGAGAUUGACACCUUUUCACCUAUUGCUGUGUUUUUCAGCUUCAUUCACAAGCACAGCUGAGAAACGUUUAUUUAUUUUUUUUUGCUUUACAUUUAAUAUUUAAAUAAAAUAUCCACUUUCACAAUUUCAAAAUUGUUUCCUUCAUGACUUUUAUUGAUAAAAUAGUAGCUGUAUACAAUAGUCAAACAAAUCUUUGACUUACAUAGUUAUACAUUUCACAGACAUUUAGAGCAAUGCAGACCACCAAAAUCCACAACAAUGGUGUGUGUUACACCGUAUUAAUAUUUCAAUGCAAUCCUUCAUUUCAUAUUGAUUUUCUUGCAGAGCUCCGUUAGCCUCAAGGAAAAAAAAAACAAAUGCACAUAGAGUCAGGAACUUGCCAGUGAGAAUGACUUGUUUCGAUGUGUGGCUCGUGCAGACAAACUCUGCGCUCGGUGCAUGAGACAUCCGGCAUGCUGAUGGUGGAACAGUAUCUGUUGGUGUUAAAUUCGGUGGGAUCACAAUGUUGGAGUUAAUCUGUUAUUUAAAGCUUUUUCCUAGCAAAGAGCUCACUAUUUAGUAUCUGUAAUCGUUUUUUUAACAUGCCUCUGAGCAAUGCAAGUCAUCGGGAAGGGCUAACGCUAAGUCAGCGACUCAACACUGUGUGAAGAUGGUCCCACCACUGUAAUGAUAGUGCUGUACGUUAAAUUAUACAUGUUAGCACCUCUCAUCAGUGAGAGCGACUUGGAAUGACUUUUCAAAAUAAAUUAACGUUAUAACAAAACACUUAACAGAGCAAACAUAACAUACUGUGCCACUAGUAACAAUUUUCUGUUUGUUUUGAAAUAACUAUUUUGAAAAUCAUCUUAAACGACCCAGACUCAGCAUUUGGCCAGCGACAGGACAAAUCACUACCGAGAUGUUGCGAAGUGUUCGUCCAUCAGUAACAGUCGAGCCCUAAGUCUGUCAGCUCUACUUCCAUCUACUAAAUUCUGAAAAGGUGCAACCAUGGUGGGAUUCACUCAGCUAACAGCAAACCAAAGUAAAAACCAAAUGAUGCA